AUGGUCGCGGAUCCAUUCACUGCCAUUGGCACUACUGCGGCAGUCUUCGAACUCGGAAAAGUAGCGUGGAAACUUGGUAGUACUUUGGUGAAGCUGUACCAGGAUACCAAAUGUGUCGAUGGUACGGUAGAGAAGCUUGCUGGUGAAGUAAAGUCUCUUGGAAACGAAUGCGACCUGGUCCACGCCGAGCUGGAGGAAGUAGUGAAAGGGACUGAGAAUGGAGAAGGCUCUUCCUACGAUCUGGACGGUCGGUUGUGGAAGUGUCUGGGCACGAAGGUGCAGGAAUGCACAGAGGCAGUUCAAGAGCUCAGCGCCAUAGUCGAUGACAUUGCAGACAGGGCAUCGGGCUUCAUAGGCCAAGCACAGCGUCAGAUGAGGUUGAACAAAAAUCGAGAGAUUCUCGAAAAGAUCAGACAAAGGAUUCGGACACACACGGAUGGUUUACGCACGACGCUUUUGGUCGUCAACAUAAAGGUUGCACAUCUUGCCCCGGGGUAUGCCAACAGAGAGCUCUCGCAAAAGUUAGACGCUCUACAAGACAUGGUCGACUCGCUGCAGCGGUCGAUGGAGAGCGCGCCCCGGACGUCAAGGUCAGAUACCGACGCAACGCUGGUACAAUGCGCCCGCGAGGUCAUCACGCAAGGCUCGACCAUGUACGAGGCGAGCCUGGCUGCACCAUCAAUUCUCGGAGGCCAAGGAGCAGCCAACAGCAACGUUCGCGUUGCACAGUGGGUUGGCGCGAUAGACGCUCUUCGCCGCGAAAACCCAAUCCCAGAACUGUCGGAUACUCGAUCAACUCUGCCCUCUGUGUUCUCUGGAGAUGGAGGGUACAGGAGUCUGACGGACGCUACUUCGGCGCAGCACGAGAUGGUCGAGCGUGACACUGACGACAACUUGCUGGACCCAGAUUCAGACGAUGAUCUGGCCCUGGACCUUGCAAAAGCCGCACUGCAUACCAGUGCCGAAGCGUUCGAGACUUCAGCAUGGCUCGAAGCCGACUUGCUCCUGCAAGAGACCCUCAGCCUACUGCAGCAGCUACCAAAGGGACAGCGCGGUUUCUGUGACACAUUCGACUUGCAGUACAAGCUUGCGGUGUGCGCCUACCACACACAAAAGCCAGCGGACGCUGAGGGAGCGCUCACAAGCUUGUUGCAGCAGAUACCCGAAACGGACAAGCAACGUCGCCUUGUUUGUGAGAUUGCGCAUCUCUUAUCGCUUCUGUACAUCCGUAUGGAUCAGGUCAAACGUGCAAAAGCUUCCUGCGAAAAGGCGUUACAGGCACGAAGGCGACUACUGGGCAAAGAGGAUGAUGCCACACUCUCGUCCAUCGGUGUUAUGGUUCGCAUCUACCAGCUACUCCAGAGCCACACGCUUGCUAAGGUGUACCUUACCAUGAUCCCGGAGGCUCGCAAGUCCGACAUCCUCCGCAGUGUUGAUGAUUCGCUUGGUCCGGAUCUCGAUCCCUUCGACGAUGCUUCGUUGCUGGCCCGGUCGCAUUCACGGCAUUCGAAACGAAACGCAUCUUUAGAACGGUUCAGUAGCCUUAGCUCAUCCCGCACAAGCUGCGACGCUGCCUUCGGCAUCGGGGAUAGCGAAGCAUCGCCUUCAACACUGGCGCCGAGUCUGCCUGCACUGAAAGAUCUGGGAUCGGCAAACGCGCAGGAUGAUGCACUCACUGGGAACUCCUUGCCUUUGAGCGACCUUAGCCUCGACGCCCAAAGUCGCACGGGAGCAUCAGAAUCCAAUGUGACCGAGUCAGACGAAGCUAUGGAAGAUCCGUUCAUUUCCAAAUCCGACACAUUAUCUGCACACAGCCAUUCCGGCUCGCAAGCAGCCAAGGACGAGCCUCCCUUGGGUCUAAGUCGAAAGGAGAUACUCAGCGGACUUAUGCUUAAGCCCAAGACUGCCCUGGACAAAGCCAUAUGCUAUGAGUCGAAAGAACAAGUCACCGCGCUGAUACACACUCAUCCUAAGCCGUCGUCAGGUUUGCGUAGGAUAUUCAAGUCCAGUCCGUCGCCGUUACACUACGCCGCACUCUUCGGGGAGGUUGAUGCUGCUCGGCAAAUCCUGGAGCUCGGGACCAGACUCAUGGAGGUUACUACGCAUGCGAUGAUCUUUUACACCUUGGGCUCGCCAUUCCACUGGGCUGUCUUAUCCAGGCAAGCCGCUGUGGUGGAUUUGUUCCUCACCAAGAGGCCAGAAGUGCUCCACACUCUCGCCAUGUGCCCCGAUAUGUCGAGCGACAUGUACAAAUGGUGGUGCAGUUGUACCAUUUCGGAGACAGAACAAUCGCACGGAAGCCAUAUCCCCGAGGAAUUCAUUGCAAUGUGUAAAGUCCUCUUGAAACAUGGCUGGCGGGUGAACCAAGGAAUUGCUUCUUCGUCGUGGACUCUCCUUCACUAUGCGACGUUUCUUGGGUAUGAAUAUGAUCCGCACGGCAUGAUUGCAUCAUUUCUGUGCGAGAGAGGAGCAGAUCCUAUGCUGGCGGCGAGAGAUGGUAACACGCCAUUCGGCAUUGCUAAACGAAAGUCGAACCACAAUUUGGUGCAGGUCUUUGAGGACCACAUCAAAUCGAAGAAAUAG